CGCAAACAGGAGCGAUCGAGUACAGAUUCAUUUGUGCAAUAAUAAUUUCAUUCACUGGUUAGCAACUAUGCUGCAUUUCAUAUGGCUCACUCUGUGUUUAAUCAUAAGUAACACUCCAUCAAGUAGGCCUACUUCUUCAGUCAGACUAGUUGAUGGAAUCAACAGUUGUUCUGGGAGAGUGGAGGUUAACCUUAAUGGAGUAUGGGGAAGAGUGUGUGAUGAAGGCUGGAAUUGGAAUGAUGCUGCUGUGGUGUGUAGAGAACUGGGCUGUGGGACUGCUAAAGAGGCCAAGAGAGGUGGAUAUUUUGGAGAGAUAACAGGAGGUGUAUUGAUGAAUUAUGUUCAAUGUUCUGGAAGUGAAUCUUCAUUGACAUCCUGUGAUUCUUGGAAAUGGAAAAGCUAUAUGUCAAACACGCCACCAAAUUCAUGUCUGUGGGGGAAGGAUGCUGGUGUCAUUUGUUGGCGCAAUCUUAGGCUGGCUGAUGGUGUCGACUCUUGUUCUGGGAGAGUGGAGAUUUACCAUCAGUGGUGGUGGGGAACAGUGUGUGACAAUGGCUGGAAUCUAGCAAAUGCUGCAGUGGUGUGUAGAGAGAUGGGCUGUGGGGAAGUUAUACAGAAAAAGAGUGGACCGUACUUUGGUUCAGGACAAAUAUGGCUGGAUAAUGUGCAGUGUGUUGGAAAUGAGAUCACACUGAGCAACUGUCUAACUAUUAAUAAUUGGGGAGUGUAUACCUGUGACCAUUCAAAGGAUGCUGGAGUCAUCUGUCAGUCCUCUGUCAGGUUGGUGAAUGGCGUUGACUCUUGCUCUGGAAGAGUGGAGGUUUUCUACAAAGAGCAAUGGGGAACAGUGUGUGAUGACAGCUGGGACUGGUGGGGUGCUUCAUUAGUGUGUAAAGAACUGGGCUGUGGGAGUGUAAUUGAAGAAAAGAGAGGAGCUUAUUAUUCAAAGGGCACAGGACCAGUUUGGUUAAGUGGUGUACAAUGUGACAAUUAUGCAACUUCACUGAGAAAUUGUAACUCAAAGGGAUGGAAAGUAGACAGCUGUGGACAUGAAAAGGAUGCAGGAGUUGCCUGUCAGCGCAAAGUUAGGCUGGUAAAUGGUAUUAAAGCUUGUUCUGGGAGAGUGGAAGUUUACAAAAAUGGUGAGUGGGGAACAGUGUGUGAUAACGACUGGGAUGCUACGGAUGCUGCAGUGGUGUGUAGAGAGAUGGGCUGUGGAGAAGUUAUAGAGGCAAAGACUGGUGCUUAUUUUGGACAAGGUUCAGGACAAAUAUGGAUGGACCGUGUAGCCUGUGUUGGAUAUGAAUCAACACUGAGUGCCUGUGAAUCUCAUAAAUGGGGAUUGUAUGACUGUGAUCAUUCAAAGGAGGCAGGAGUCAUCUGCCAGUCCCAUGUAAGGUUGGUCAAUGGCAGUGACUUUUGUUCUGGAAGAGUGGAGGUGUUCUAUCUUGGUACGUGGGGAACAGUGUGUGAUGAUGGCUGGGACUGGAACGAGGCGGCAGUGGUGUGCCGUGAACUGGGAUGUGGGGAUGUUAUAGAGACAAAGAGUGGUGCUUUUUUUGGCCAGGGCAUAGGUCAAGUAUGGUUAAGUGAUUUGCAGUGUGGCACUGAAUCUUCCGUGAGAAACUGUAAAUCAAGUGGAUGGGGAAAAAACAGCUGUACACAUGAAAAGGAUGCUGGAGUCAUUUGUCAAUAUCCCAUCAGGCUGGUGAGUGGUAGAAAUACCUGUUCUGGGAGAGUGGAGGUACACCAUGAUGGUCAGUGGGGAACAGUGUAUGAUGACGGCUGGGAUCUAUCAGAGGCUGCAGUGUUAUGUAGAGAACUGGGCUGCGGGAAUAAUCCCAAAGAAGUAUAUAGUGGUGCCUAUUUCGGACAGGUUGUAGGACCAGUAUGGAUGAAUGGUAUUAAUUGUACUGGCAGUGAGUCUGCACUGAUGGACUGUACGUCAAAUGGCUGGGGGUCACGCUACUAUUGGCACGACCAGGAUGUUGUCGUUAGCUGCACACACUCUACAGUACUUUUGAGAAUUAAUGUGACCGUUGCCCCUGGAGUUGAUCCAAAUGAUCCUGGAAUUAUGAGUACACUUUUGGAAAAGAUGGGGAGUGGCUUGCAAUCAAAUGGGACUUUCUCCCUGAGAUGGAGAAUUCAGCCUAAUGGAAAUGUCUUCCAGAAAAAGGGAAUAUUUCCCUGACAGGCCAUUGCUGGAAUACAGAGAAAACAAGCAAUCAAUGCCUCCUAAAGACCAGCGCUUUGUAAGCUACAGCUUCUCAUGUUUCUAAAGUAAUUGUUUAAAAAUAAAUAUUGAUUUAAACUAUUCUAAUAUGUACAAUAGCUUGAAGCAUAGGCAAUCUGUACUCUCUUAAAAAACACUGAUCAUCGUCUAUCCAAGGCAAGAGAAUUUUGCAUAUAGUAACUUCAUUGUACAUAAUUUGAAAACUACAGUAAUUAUGUUGCAUUUUCUAUGUUAUCUUUCAGUUUACUAAUACAGCCAAAUAGUACAGCCUCACCACAUAAUCAUAUUUUACAUUAUUGUAACAUUAUUCAGCUUCUCUGUUACUCUGAUAUUAUUAUUGUAAGUGCAUUACUGUAAUCGUGAUUUAAAGGAAUAUUAAUGUUGAUUACCCCAAAAAAUAUUUUGACUCAUCCCUCCUUUUCUUUAAAAAAAGCUAAAUCUGGGUUUCAGUGAGGCACUUACAAUGGAAGUGAAUGGGGCCAAUUUAUUUAGGGUUUAAAGGCAGAAAUGAGCAUCUUAUAAUUUUAUAAAAGCACUUACAUUAAUUCUUGUCGAUUAAGCUUAUCUUGUAUUUACCCGGAAUAUUCCUUUAAUUUUGUUUAUAUAAUUUUAUUGUUAUUGUCUGUGAUAAUUGUCUUGUUUUAACAAGUUUCUGUGUUACUUGACAAUAAUAA